AUGAAAGUAGAAAAGCAUUGGUUUGUUGUUGAUUUCAUCAAUAGGUCACAUGACGGUUUUGAAGAAGACGCUGAUGGUAUUCUUCAUGGGGUACCUGGUAGUAACUAUGCAUCACAACAGAAUGUAUUUGAUGACCUGGGACAAGGUGUCUUAGACAAUGCUUUCAAAGGCUUCAACUGUUCAUUGUUUGCCUAUGGACAGACAGGGGCCGGUAAAUCAUAUUCCAUGGUUGGAUAUGGGCAAAACAAAGGUAUUGUACCUAUCACAUGUGAUGCUCUCUUCAAGACGAUAGAAAAUUCUUCAAGUGACACAAAAUAUGAAGUCACAUUCUCCAUGUUGGAGAUCUACAAUGAACAGGUCCGUGACUUGUUACAGAAGAACAACCCGAAGGGAGGUCUGGCUGUUAGACAGAACCCUAAGGAAGGUCUCUUCUAUGUUCAGAAUCUUAAGAAGGCUGCCGUAGGGAGCUACAAGGAGAUUGAGAGGAAGGUCGACGAAGGCACUGCCAACAGAACAGUAGCAGCCACACAGAUGAAUGCUACGAGUAGUAGAGCGCAUACUGUUAUCACAAUCACAUUCAAUCAGAUUAGUAAGAAUGAUGUUGGGCAGGAGACUAAGAAAACUAGUGUUAUCAACCUGGUUGAUUUGGCUGGUAGUGAAAGGGCAGACUCCACUGGUGCUACUGGAGACAGGUUAAAAGAAGGUGCAAAUAUCAACAAAUCUCUAUCAGCUCUUGGCAAUGUCAUAUCUGCCUUAGCAGAUCUAUCUAUGGGUAAGAAGAAGACGAUGGUUCCGUAUCGUGAUUCUGUCCUCACAAAGCUGCUUCAGAAUGCUUUGGGUGGUAACAGCAAAACCAUUAUGAUUGCCGCCCUGUCUCCGGCUGAUAUCAACUAUGACGAGACCCUGGGUACCCUGAGGUAUGCUGAUCGUGCCAAGAAGAUCAAGAACAAAGCCGUCGUGAAUGAAAACCCAGUGGAGAAGCUCAUCAGAGAGCUGAGAGAGGAGAAUGAAAGACUCAAGAAGUCUCUGGGCGGAGGGGUGAUGCCCAUGGAGGGAUCGGCCGGAAUGAGCCCGGAAGAAAUUGAAGCGAUGAAGAAGCAGAUGGAGGAAGAAAUCAGGGCACAGCUGAUGGCCAACCAAGAAGCAAUGUCAGAUAUGGAUUGGGAUACAAGGUUACAACAAGCAAGAACAGAGCAAGCAGCUGACGAUGGUGAGCGUGACAUGCAGGAACAAAGAAAGAAUAAAGAACCUCACUUUACAAAUCUCAAUGAGGAUAAUGUACUCAGUGGUGUCAUCCUCCACUUCUUGAGCGCCAGUGAGACGACGAUCGGUAGGAAAGAUGCCAGCCCGGCGCCAACUAUACCGCUCAGUGGUCUCAGUAUUCAGAAACAGCAUGCACUGGUGAAGAAUGAAAAUGGCGAUAUUUCCAUCAAACCAGCCACAGCGGGGGCAAAGGUCAAAAUCAAUGGUGCUCCUCUUGUUGGGGAAAGGAUCUUGUCUCAUCUUGACAGAGUCAUGUUCGGUUCAAAUCAUCUGUAUAUCUUCAAGAAUCCUUUAAAACCUCAGUCUGCUGAGGGCACUCCAGCAAGCAUUGAUUGGGAGUUUGCUCAGAAAGAACUUGCUCAGGCCAAAGGGUUUAACACCAGUACAUCUGGACUAACAAAAGACCAACAGAAGGCCCAGGACCAGAUCCUAGAACUGCUUCCCAUGGUGAAUGAAGUCAAUGCUGUUAGUGAAGAACUCAAUAAGCACAAAAACUUUGAGAUAAUACUCAUCAGCGGGGCUGCACAAGAUGGUCCUAACAAAGAAACAAAGGUGACGGUAAAGAUGACUAGUCUUCUGAAUGGUAAUGAAUGGCUAUGGGAAAGGGGCAAGUUCAUUAACAGGAGAUACGUUGUUCAGGACUUGUAUCAACGAUACCUUGAUGGAGAUGAUGAUGUCCUCAACCUUCCAAAAGAAGAAGAUCCAUUCUGGGAACCCCCUGAGGAUGUCCUGAUCGGUAGUGCUAAUGUCUUCCUCCAGAGUCUCUCUUAUGCUUUAGAUUUUGAUGAUAAAGUUACCAUCACUGAUUUCAAGGGUACUGAACAGGGAUACCUGAUUGUGAAUGUUGCCCCUUGUAAUCAAACAGGGAAACCCCUCCCUGAUGAUGAGUUUGUUGAUGAUCCUUCAGAACUUCUUGGAAAGCCAUACCAUUUUAAGGUCACCAUCCGAUCUGGAGAGAUCAACAAAUCCCGCUUCUCUCGAGGCCUCCAUGUCACCUACCGAUUCAUGGAUGAUCCCGACCUCACUGUCACCCCUGUCAUCAAGGACACACUGUCACCCGAGUGGAAGCACAGUCGGGUCAUCUCUAUUGCUUCCGUUGAUCAGAAACACUUGGAAUUCUUCGAUUCUGGGAUGAUCUCCUUUCAAGUGUAUGGGAAACAGGUGGACUCGGACCCUGAUCCCAAUCUCACUAAACUCACCACAAAGGAACUACGUCAAAUGAAGAAUAUGAAUGACGGUGGGAGCGCAGGACUUAAUCGUUCCAUGUCAGUGGUAGAGAAAGAUGAACUUGCUCAGAUUAAGAGUGAAUUAGUUCUACUCAAGAAGAAACACGAGAGAUUAGAGAAGAAAGAAAGAAGAUUACAGGAAAUUUGCAAGGAAUGGGAGGAAAAGUCCCCAGAAGAGCAACAAUUUGCCCCUUUCUUCCGAUCUGUCUCAGCAGUAGCUAACUCUACUGGUACAAAACUCAAAACAAGAGUACAGAUGCUCAAUAAGGAGGACAGCGUAAGCAUUUACAGUUUUGAGCUAGACCCCGACCAAAAAACGCAGCCUUCAUCAAACAAUCCUCCACGAGCCACCAACGGGCCUCCGAGGCCUCCAUCGGCCAAAGUCAAGGCUCCUGCAUCGCCGGCAGGCACGAAUGGCACCACCAAAUUACCACCACAAAACAAUGGAAGCGACAAAAAUGCUGAUCUUAUGCAACUGCAGAAUGGAGCAGGAUCAGGACAAGGGAAUUCUGGGACAGUCGUCAGGACGAACAAACAGGGAGAGAAGGUAGAGGGAGGUAGUAAGGCAUGCAUCGUUAUGUGACCUCUGUCAGCUCACAGGAGAUAUCAUGGGAUAUUAUUAUUCUGGAGGCGAUAGCUGUGCUAUAGUCCAUUGAAGUUGACAUUGAGUAUAUUUUUAAAGAGACAUUCUAAGUACUAUAUGAUAAAGUUUUGUAAUAUGGAAAUUAUCACUCCGAUGGUUUGAAAUUGUGAAAUGUUUUCAAUAGUUCUAUGCCCUGAGAGAUGAAGAUUAGAAUAAGAUUGAAUUGUUGAGAUACAAUCAAUUAAAUGUCUUAUUGAUUAGGGAGUACUUACAUGCAUGGCAAGCCAACUUGAAACCCACAUAAAAUUGCCAAAAUAGUCAUUUUAGCUUCAGAAAAUCAAAAUUGAGAAAAAUGGUUGAUCUGAAAGAGUAAACCACCCUCAGCCUACAACCGAAAUAUGAAAUUUUCUCAAGCAAGGUACAAGUGUUUCUUAAUGAACAUUUCUCUGUGGACUGCUCAUAGUUUUGACAGAUCUUUCACAAAGUUUUUAUGUCAUGUUUCAGUGAACCUAAAACCUUGUAACUUCAUAUUGGUUUGCCAGAGUAUUGGUGAGUAAACUGGGUGGUUACUUAUUUCUUAAACUUUUUCAUUUAUACAUAAGAGUCGAUUGCUGAGAAAUUCAAUGAUUGGGUUAUCAUUAUAGUUGUGUCUUUUACAGUGUUAACAACUAUGAUAUGUGAGUCUUAUUUUUCAAGAAAGACUUCAUUUACAGUAUAAAAACUGAAUCUAUACAUUGAUAACAUUUUGUAUAAAUUCAUGGUAUUCUUUUAAUAUGAAAUGACUUAAUUUGAUGUUCAUUUCCAGAACUGUAGCUUUGUGGUAUUUUGUCAUCAUUUUUGUUUUCUAUUACAAUCUUGCAUUGGUCCUAUUUAGACACAGCUAACUUGCUGCAUUUCAAAUGGGAUAUUCUUGAAAAUAAGAAUCCAAAAGUCUGUUUUUUUUUAGAAAUCCACAUGGACUUGAUCCUCAUUUCCAAUAGUUUGUGUGUGCUAUGAACUAAACCCAUAUCAUUAAAACAUUAUGAUGAUGGCAAUUAUUGUUACCAUUAUCAUUAGUAGUACUAGUAUUGUCAUCAUCAUCUUGAUUAGGAUAUUUUUGUAUCUGUUUCAGGUGAAUUCAUAGUUUAACAUGCUACAAUGACAACCCAUAGAAAUUUGGUUAUGUAAUGUUGCUUUUUUUUAAAUCUAGUAAAUAUUUCAUUUGAAAAAAAAUUACUCAAAGUUAUGUGAAGUUUGAAGGAAAUUAUGCUGUAAAUAAAUAUGAUUUUGUUCUUCUUGUGCUAAAUAUGUUUGGAAAUGGAGAGCAAUUUGUUUUGCAUUGUAAUGAGAAUAUUGUAUGUAUAUUUGGUUGUUACAGCAUUAUUAUUUAUGACAUUUGUAUUUCAUUAGAAGCGAAAUCAAUAUACGCAAAUCACAUACCAGUUGAUGAUUAAUUGACUUCUCAAAUGUGCUAUUAGCGGAAUCGAAGAUGGAGCUUAGGUUAUAUUUUACAAAAUUAAAGCCAUGUUUAUUUAUUAGAAAUUGUGAUUUUCGGUGGGUAGUUUUAUUUUCAGCAGAGCUUUGCGCUUUUCUAAUCUCGGUUCUUCUUGGGUGUGAAAUGCAACCUAUCGUGUGGGAAAAUAUAUUAUUAUGAUCAAAUGAUAUUAAUUAUAUCAAUAGUUUGAUAUUUGAUUUCUUAAGUGGAUUUCAGCUAUGCAAAUAUGCAAUAUGAGAUAUAUUACCAGGAAAUGUACAAUAUUUCUCUGUGCUAAAGAAUAUAGAAAGCAGAACCUAUGCUGUAAAUUUUUAUAUAAAUAUAUUUGAUAUGACAACAUCAUGACACAAGAUUCUGUACUAGAUGGAUAUGUUACACCAUAUUUGAAUUGAAAUACAUAAACAUUGCUGUAAAUAACUUCAUUCAAAGUUCAUGGCUUUUUAGUCGAGAACUGCCAUGCACGUUUUUCUGGAAUGGUAGAAGCAUAUUUUUCACUGGUGAACAUAAAAAAGCAUAUUACGCAACCAUAAAUUUUCUUACCAUGUGUGUAUCAUAUGUGAAAUGAAAAUGAGAAAAUGUUAUAAUAGGUCUGGGUUUGUAUGUUAAAGAAAAUGAUAUCGUGAAAGAUGAGACACAUGAAUAAUCCAAAAUGUAGAGCCACAACUCCUUUGUCAUUCAGAGUCAUUGUCAUUGGUUCAUUUCACAAGCUAGUCUAUUAAGAAAAAGUAUGAAUUAUUUGUAAUGAUUAUCAGAUCAUUUUGUGGGUGUUCGGGUAUGCUAUACUGUCUUUCAAUUGAUCACAUUUUUAGUAUAUACUCAGCUCCUCAGGUGAUAAUGGCUUGAUUCUAGAUAAACCAUUGAAUAAAUUGAUGAUAAAUAGGGGUUGCUGGUAAAAUUAAAUAUUUUGAUCCUGUGGAAAAUACCAACAAAAUUAUAGGGAAACAGAUUCAGGGGAAAAAUGGUUUUCUACAGGUUAUUCCUAACAUAGACUUAACUGUAAUUGCUCAAAUUAUUUAUAGUUUCUGAUUUAUUUUCUUUCAAAUUUAAAUCUAAAGAAUUUUAGAAGUAUGUUAUUUCAGAUGUUCUGAUCCCUUUUUCACAUGACAAAGAACAUUCUUCUAGAUUAUGAGAUGCGAGUUAAUCCAGUCGAGUCAUCAAGUGCCUCUGAUAUUUAAAAUAUGAAUUUGACUAUUCUGUAAAAAAUGAAUUCAUAAUGUUUGCAUAUGAAUAUAAUAUAUUGAUUUACUUAUAAAAAAAUAUGUUGAGCUAUAGUAUUUUGUGUUCUUGAUGAUCAUUUGUUUAUAUUUUUGUAUUUUUUUCACAUCAACAUACGUAAUUUCUACCGUACAUACAUGUGUGUAUUACUAUGUAGUCCUGGGGAAUAUUCAUGUGGAAUGAAUAGACCCUUGUUUACGUGACCCCUUAGGAAACUGCCGUCCUCUUAGAUAUGUAAUUUUGUGUGAUGAACAGACACCAGAUUACCUGACCCCUUAAAAAGAACUGCCGUCCUCAUGUAGGUGAUAUUAGUUUACCAUUAUCUUUACGUUUCUUUUUCAAAAUCUUAAAAUGUUUUCACAAAUUUUGUAGAUCGUGAUGAAUUUCAGAUCAUCUUAUACUACAUCAGAUAUAUCCGUCCAUUUAAUAUUUGUAUUGCAUUUUGUACAUACAUGUAUAUCAUGGUUGAAAGGACAAUAUUGUAAAUAAAAUGGUCCAAUCAUUAAAAAGAGAGAAAAAAAUCAGAUAUAUAGAAGGAUAAUGAUCUUGAUGUCUAUGAAUAUAUGUAAAAAGUGAGAGGGGAUGAGCUGUCUUUCAAAUACAUGUAUAAAACGAGUAAAUAUCUCCAUACUAUUUGAAUGAAAAUGAGUGAUUGGUAGAUAAUUUACGGAUAACCUAUUUAUCAAUGUAGUCUUUCAUGUGUACAUAAUUGUGUGGUUAUUACUGAUUUCUUUGAGACAUCUCCGUACUUCCAUUUCUUCUCACAUAUAUUUCUUGUGACCGAACAACCUUGAAUUCAUGUUAAUUAAUCAUGUGGCACAUUUAAUAAAUAAUAUCAUGUACACAGAAAGUGA